AUGAGUGACGGAGGAAUUGAAAUUGAUUUCCAAGCCUUUUAUGAUAGGUUUACAAAAUUAGGGAAGGCAUAUUCUGGAUUUGAAGGUUCUCCAAAUAGUCUUCUCUUUGUACUUGGUUCGACUAAUGAGGAAAACCCUUAUCAAAAGACCACCAUUUUGCAUAAUUGGUUGCUAGGGUAUGAGUUUCCAGCUACAUUGAUUGCCUUUUUCAAGGAUAAAGGUGUCAUCAUAACCAGCAGUGCUAAGGCGAAACAUCUUUUGCCCGCUGUUACUAAGUUUGAAGGAUCAGAUUACAAACUUGAGAUCUGGCAAAGAAAUAACAAGGAUGCAAAUCACAAUAAGAAAUUGUUUGAGGACCUCAUCAAGCUGUUAUCAGAAAACGGUAAUACUGUCGGUGUCCCAACGAAGGAUUCAUAUCAAGGUAAGCUCAUUCUUGAAUGGAAACCGCUUUGGGAAGAAGCUAAAAAGACGCAUUCUUUAAACGUAAUCGAUUGCUCUGCUGGUUUGUCUUCUACUUGGAAGGGCAAAGAUGAUAAGGAAAAGGCUUACCUUUCUGUAUCCAGUAAGGGAUCUGACAAAUUCAUGGAUCUUAUGUCAAAUGAAAUCGUCAAUGCUGUUGACGAAGAACUAAAAAUAUCAAAUUCUAAGUUGUCAGAUAAAAUUGAAAACAAGAUAGAUGAUUCCAAGUUUUUGAAGAAACUUUCAAGUGAUCUAAAUCCUUUGUGUCCUACCGACGAGAAAUUCGACGUUAAUUUCCUUGAUUGGGCCUAUUCUCCAAUUGUGCAAUCAGGUUCUAAGUUCGACCUUAAGGUUUCUGCUCGUUCUAACAACGACUCACUUUUCGGAAAGGGUUCCAUCCUAGCCUCAUGCGGUAUCAGAUACAAGAAUUACUGUUCCAAUAUCACCAGAACUUUUUUGAUUGACCCGACAGAUGAAAUGACUGACAAUUAUGACUUUUUAUUGAUUUUGCAAGAGAAGAUCAUCGAUGAUUUAUUAAAAGUAGAAGCUGAUCCAACAUCUAUUUAUGAAAAGACACUGGAAUUCAUCAAAGAAAAGAAACCGGAAUUAUUAUCUCACUUUACUAAAAAUGUUGGUUCUUUGAUGGGGUUGGAAUUUAGAGACUCUGCUGGUAUGAUCAAUGCUAAACCAACCGCUCAUAAAAUUUCAGAGAAUUGCUGUUACAAUAUUUCACUCGGAUUUGGGAAUUUAAAGGAUAGUAAAACUGGUCAGGUAUAUGCUGUUCAAUUAGCAGAUACCGUUCAACUUUCUUCUGAUGGAAAGCCAUCCACUUUGACCAAGUACACAAAGGCUAGAUCCCAAAUCUCGUUUUACUUCAACAACGAAGAAGAGAACAAAGCUGCAACUGUUAAAUCUGAAAAAAGCAAGCCUCCUGCUUUACCAAAACCUGAUGGUACAUCGAAGAUUUUGAGAUCUAAGCUACGUGGAGAAAGUCGUGCUGACGAUGAAGAGAAAGAACAAAUCCGCAAAGAGAACCAAAGAAAACUUCAUGAAAGAUUACAGAAGGAAGGUUUACUCAGAUACAGUGAUGCAGAUGCAGUAGAUGGCGAUGAGAAGCCAAAGCAUUUCUUCAAAAAGUACGAAUCUUACGUUAGGGAAACUCAAAUACCAUCCAAUGUACGUGAUUUGAAGAUUCAUGUCGACUGGAAGAGUCAGACAAUCAUUCUACCAAUCUAUGGUAGACCUGUACCUUUUCAUAUCAAUUCAUACAAAAACGGUUCUAAAAAUGAAGAAGGUGAAUACACUUAUCUCAGAUUGAAUUUCCAUUCUCCUGGUGCUGGAGGUGUCGGUAAGAAAACUGAGGAGUUGCCGUAUGAAGAGAACCCAGAGAAUCAAUUUGUUCGUUCUCUAACUUUAAGAUCUAAGGAUGGUGCUCGCAUGAGCGAUGUUUUCAAACAAAUUACUGAUCUUAAGAAGGAAUCUACCAAACGUGAACAGGAAAGAAAAGCUUUGGCUGAUGUUGUUGUCCAGGCUAAAUUGGUGGAGAACAAAACUGGUAGGACUAAACGUUUGGACCAAAUCUUUGUCAGGCCUAGUCCCGAUACCAAGCGUGUGCCAGGUACGGUGUUCAUUCAUGAAAAUGGUAUCAGAUACCAGUCUCCAUUGAGGACAGAUUCAAGAAUUGAUAUCCUAUUCUCAAACAUCAAGAAUCUAUUCUUCCAAUCAUCAAAGGGAGAACUUAUUGUGAUCAUUCAUGUUCAUCUAAAGAAUCCUAUUUUAAUGGGUAAAAAGAAGAUCCAAGAUAUUCAAUUUUACAGAGAAGCAUCUGAUAUGGCUGUCGAUGAGACAGGAAACAGCAGACGCAACAACAUGAAAUUUAGAAGAUAUGGUGAUGAAGAUGAAUUAGAACAAGAACAAGAAGAAAGAAGAAAACGUGCUGCCCUUGAUAAAGAAUUUAGAUAUUUUGCUGAAGCUAUAGCAGAGGCAUCCGAUGGUCUCCUAGAUGUAGAUUCUCCAUUUAGAGAUCUUGGUUUCCAAGGUGUUCCUUCUAGAUCAGCCGUGUUCUGUAUGCCAACGAGAGACUGCUUAAUUCAAUUAGUUGAACCGCCAUUUUUAGUCAUAAAUUUGAACGAAGUUGAGAUUUGUAUACUUGAAAGAGUUCAAUUUGGAUUGAAGAACUUUGACAUGGUCUUUGUUUAUAAAGAUUUGACAAAGCCUGUUUCUCAUAUAAACACUGUACCAAUUGAGCAACUUGAAUUCAUUAAGACAUGGUUAACAGAUGUUGAUAUUCCAUAUACUGUUUCUACAAUUAACUUGAACUGGUCGACAAUCAUGAAGUCGCUACAAGAUGAUCCUCAUCAAUUCUUUUUGGAUGGUGGGUGGUCGUUCUUGGCAACUGGAUCCGAUGAUGAAAGAUCUGAUGAGAGCGAGGAAGAAAUUUCAGAAUACGAGGCAUCUGAUGAGGAUCCAUCUGAUGAGGAAGUGUACUCUGAAGAAGAAGAGGAUUAUUCGGAUGACGAAAAAUUCAGUGAUGAAGGGUCAGAUGAUUUCGCCGAUGGAUCAGAAGAUGACGAAGGUGAUGACUGGGAUGACUUAGAAAAGAAAGCAGCUAAGGCAGAUCGUAAUAGCAAUUACAAAGAGUAA